CUCAGAAGCCCUCGCCUUAUUCCCCUCGCCCACAUAUCCCACCAUAGUCCUUCGCCAAACCCACUCCACUCAAUUGGAGGGGCAAGUUAAUGAAGACUCUCCGCCUACAAUUUUUUCGGUCGCUGAGAUCACGACGGAUACCACGUAAUCCAGAAUCAUUUCGUUUGCGCGCGCCUUCGAAGGCCACUUUUUCAACUUGCGGAAGGUUAUCGAGAACCGUUGCGGGGUACGUGGUGACUCAGGACGAUUCAGAUAUGGCUCCCAAGGGCCAAAAGUUUGAGUUGAAGACUCCCAAGGGGACGAAAGAUUGUAUGCGGGUCAUGUCUGCUCCUAGCGUCGCCUUCAAGAGCUAACCAAAACACAGGGGAGGGAAGGGACAUGAUCAUUAGAGACAAGAUUUUUUCCACUAUCACCGAUGUAUUCAAGCGCCACGGCGCCGUCACAAUUGAUACGCCAGUCUUCGAAUUGAAGGAUAUCCUAUCUGGGAAAUAUGGCGAAGACAGCAAACUCAUCUACGACCUCGCGGAUCAGGGAGGAGAAAUCUGCUCCUUAAGAUAUGAUCUCACAGUCCCAUUCGCAAGAUGGUUGGCCAUGAACCGAGACUGCCAAUCAAUCAAGCGAUACCACAUUGCAAAGGUUUACAGACGAGAUCAACCUGCUAUGACCAAGGGCCGUAUGCGAGAGUUUUACCAAUGCGAUUUCGAUAUUGCUGGAGUCUAUGACCCAAUGCUUCCCGAUGCCGAAAUUGUCAGAAUUAUCACCGAAGUUUUUGAGGGCCUGGGAUGGAGGGGCCGGUAUACAAUCAAACUUAACCACCGAAAAAUCUUGGACGGAAUAUUCGAGGUCUGUGGUGUUCCAACAGACAAGAUUAGGACUAUUUCAUCUGCGGUUGACAAGUUGGACAAAUCUCCAUGGGAGGAAGUACGUAGAGAGAUGACCGAGGAAAAAGGACUUGAUGGUGCUGUUGCGGAUAAGAUUGGAGAAUAUGUUAUACAAAAAGGACAAAAGGAUCUGCUGAGCAAAUUGCGGGAAGAUGCGACUUUGAUGGCAAACGAAUCGAUGAAAGCUGGCUUGGCAGACAUGGAAUUGUUGUUUACAUAUCUUGAGGCAUUCGAUGCUUUGCAAAACGUCUCUUUUGACUUGAGUUUGGCCCGCGGGCUCGACUACUAUACUGGAGUCAUCUAUGAGAUUGUCACCGAAGGAUCAGCUCCAGGCUCUGGACCACCGGCAACUGUUACUGCACCUGCAUCGAAGUCCAAAUCCUCAAAGAAACCUGGUGGAAAAGGCGUGGUGGAUUUCGAUGAGGAUCGCUCAUCGGAUCCAAGCGUUGGUGUAGGAAGUGUCGCAGCAGGUGGACGAUACGACGAGCUCGUUGGAAUGUUUUCUGGCAAGACCAAAAUUCCUUGCGUUGGUAUUUCAUUCGGUGUCGACAGAAUCUUCUCGGUUACGAAAGCCAGAAUGGAGGCAGAUAAGAAUGCUGAAGCAGUUCGAAAUAACGAGACGGAAGUGUACGUGAUGGCAUUCGGAGGUAAAGGAUUCACUGGUCUCCUGAAAGAGCGUCUCUCCAUUUGCAGCAAAUUAUGGGACGCAGGAAUCAAGGUAAGACCCCAAAUAUUUCGAGGUAUUUACACAAACUGACUUGUUUUCAGACGGAAUUUCUGUACAAAGUCAAACCCAAGCUCCCUAAUCAAUUCGCUGCUGCAGAUAAGAACGGAACUCCUCUGGCCAUUGUCAUUGGUGAAGACGAGAUGAAAGCUGGCAAAGUUAAGAUCAAGGAGAUGGGACUUCGGGAUGGCCACCCCGAAAAGGAUGGUGUGCUUGUCAGUAUCGAAGACCUUGUACCAGAAGUACGAAAAAGAAUUUUAAGGAAGUCAAAUCUGGAGGAACUCGUCAAGGAGGCAGCAGGAUUGAAGGUCGUCGGUGGCAUUAGAGGCGAGAAAGAGAUUGUGAAUACAGUCGAAGCAAGCAACUCGGAAGCCGAAAAGAAGGAUGGGGAAGUAAAGACCUCGCUAGAAGCAGAAAAGAAAGUAGAAGAGAAGAAGCCAGAAGAAAAGGCAUUGUCGGAAACGGAAAAGCCAGCUGAAGUUGUUGGGGGCAAGUCACAGGAAGCUAUUGGAGCGGUACCAGCAUCAUAGCGGAGAAUAUGCAUGAAUUGUAGCCAAUGUUUGGUAUCGUGAAUAGACUCCAUUGCGAUGGUCUACAGUAAUAGUAGAUAUUGGGUUUGCCAGAAAUGCGACUUUAUAUGCUAUGCCGAUGAAUCCCUUUCGUGCAGGGCAGGAGGCUUAAAGCUUAACUGUUUAAGCAUUUGAGGCAGGUGGAUCAAAUGUUCUCAUUAACUCCACUCACAUCCUCUACCAUAGAUGACAUAACAUUCAAAGCCCGGUGGUGCGGUUUGGUGUGCAGAGUGGCGUGUCGGUUGAUGGCUAAAAGGAAAAUGCGACCCUGCAGAGCAGUUAGUACCUUGGUACCGUAGCUUCCCUGCAUGUUAUUAUUACAAA